AAAAAAAAAAAAGACAAUCCAUGUUGUGUCUCCAAUGGCAGGAGCAACUGCACCUACAGCAACGUUAAUCAAUCUCACGCGCCCUUCACACUCCAAACUUCACCACUUCUCUGCACACAAUGUUCCCUUCCAUAACCAACCCUUUUCUUCCGUUUUCUACCUCCGUCUAAAGCCCACAAUCACCAAUUGCCAUGGCAAGCUGAAUAGCUCGGGUGGGGGAGAGGCAUAUGUGAUGGAUGAAGCGGGUUUUGAUGAGUAUGAUGGAAUUGAUGACGAAAGUGAUGAGGAUGAUGCAGAGAGUAGCGUGGAUUUGUUGAUCAGAUUCUUGCAGAGCAUGUUUAAGAAAGUGUCUAAGCGAGCCAAGAAGGCCUCUCGCUCUGUCUUGCCCACAGUAAUAUCGCCCCAGCUAGUUUCUUUUGCUGUUGAUGGGACUCUGCUACUUGCUUCACUUUCUGUUGUCAAAGCACUGCUUGAGGUCAUCUGCACUCUUGGAGGUACUGUAUUUGCUGCAAUUCUGGUCCUGCGUGUGAUUUGGGCAGCAGUUUCUUACUUUCAGUCAAGUGGGAAUAGCUUCAAUCAAGGGGGGAAUUCCUUUGGUGCUGUAGCCUAAAUCUCUCUUCAACUUUUAGCAAAAGAUGGCCUAUAUGAAUUCAGGCAUCCUUGGGUACGAAUAUUUGGAGAUUGCCACACGGAGUAAUUUGAUUUAAUUAUGUUCUUGUCCCAAAUCCCAAUGAUGCAAUUGUAAUUUCCCGGGUUUAUUUAUCCGGAAAGACUGUUUUAUGGUGCUGAGAUUCCAUUUUCAAAAGGCUGUAAUCCUAUAUUCACCCCUACAGCAAUAAUAAGUUUUAAUUUAAAAAAUGGUUAAAAAGAUAAA